GUUUGCUAAGCAGCAGCUUCUCCUGGCAUGAGCCGCCACAAAUCUGCUCAUCGGACAGAUUGAGACCGUGCUUUGUGCCCUGCAGCUGUAUUAAGAAGAAGGAGAACACAGAAAGCUUGGUUCCCCAGAGAUAAAAGGAAGAAUUAUGAGGCAUGGAAUCUUCCAUCAGGUUUGGAAGAAAGUAGAGUGAAUGCGGAGAUGCCAGACUGCCACUAAGACCCAUGGACAAUUCUGCACUCACAUUUCUCUAUCGAACUUUAAGAUUUGUGAGUAAUAUGUUGCCUUUGCAAGAUGAAAAGAAACUAAUGCCAAGCAGGCAUAUUCUUCAAUAUUUGGAAUAGACGUGCUUUCAAGACCAUGGCUUCAAAGGUCUCCUGUUUAUAUGUUUUGACAGUUGUGUGCUGGGCCAGCGCACUCUGGUACUUGAGUGUAACGCGUCCUACAUCCUCCUACAGUGGCUCCAAGCCAUUCAGCCACCUAACAGUUGCCAGGAAAAACUUUACCUUUGGCAACAUAAGAACUCGACCUAUAAACCCACAUUCUUUUGAAUUUCUUAUAAAUGAACCCAACAAAUGUGAGAAAAAUAUUCCUUUUCUUGUUAUCCUCAUCAGCACCACCCACAAAGAGUUCGAUGCCCGCCAGGCAAUCCGAGAGACAUGGGGGGAUGAGAACAACUUUAAAGGGAUCAAGAUAGCCACUCUCUUCCUCCUGGGCAAGAAUGCUGAUCCUGUUCUGAAUCAGAUGGUGGAGCAAGAGAGCCAAAUCUUCCAUGACAUUAUCGUGGAGGACUUCAUUGACUCCUACCAUAACCUUACCCUCAAAACAUUAAUGGGGAUGAGAUGGGUGGCCACUUUUUGUUCAAAAGCCAAAUAUGUCAUGAAAACAGACAGUGACAUUUUUGUAAACAUGGACAACCUUAUUUAUAAACUACUAAAACCCUCCACCAAGCCAAGAAGAAGGUAUUUUACUGGCUACGUCAUCAACGGAGGGCCAAUCCGGGACGUCCGCAGUAAGUGGUAUAUGCCCAGGGAUUUGUACCCUGACAGUAACUACCCACCAUUCUGUUCGGGGACUGGCUAUAUCUUUUCAGCCGACGUGGCAGAACUCAUUUACAAGACCUCACUCCACACAAGGCUGCUUCACCUUGAAGAUGUAUAUGUGGGACUAUGUCUUCGAAAACUGGGCAUACAUCCUUUCCAGAACAGUGGCUUCAAUCACUGGAAAAUGGCCUACAGUUUGUGUAGGUAUCGCCGAGUUAUCACCGUGCAUCAGAUCUCUCCAGAAGAAAUGCACAGAAUCUGGAAUGACAUGUCAAGCAAGAAACAUCUCAGAUGUUAGCAUUUUUACCAAUGUAAAUAUGUUUCUUUCCUUUUUUAAGAAAUGGGGCCUCGGGUGUUGGCAUUUUACAGGCAUCACCAAUGGAUAUGAACUGGUGAAGGGGUUUUGUAAAAAGUUUUUUUCUUCCCACUCCUAGUUCCUUUCUUGGAUUACCAAUUUGCAAAUGUUAGGCUCUGGUCAUAGAAACAAUACCUGAGUUAGAAGGGCCAGAUUUCGUUCUCAGGUCCUAAGGAAUUGCAUUUAUCCCAAAAAGCAACUUCCUAACAACUGCUAGGAUUUCCAUACUGUGCAUCUGAGAGAAAAAUCUGGUUCUGGGAAACUGAAACUCACGGUAAUGUCUUCACAUCGUCUCUGCAAAAAUAAAUAAAUAAGUAAAUAACUCUUUUUCAAAAACAAUUCAGAAAUAAUGCACAGUCAGGAAAACACACUGGAUGUGAUUAUUAAUAUUGUGUGUGCCGUUACAUUGAAUUUUUACAUAUAUUGCCAUGUAAUGUGUACAGUAUUUGCGGUUCCACCAAGAAAUGAACUUAGUCCUGGCAGGGAGGCUGCAGUUAAAUAAAUGGAAAUUUAAACUUGAGAAUCAAAUAUUCUGUAUGUUUGGAAGACAACUCUGCUUGCUCAUCCAAGAAUUAAACCUGGUCAGCGGGUGGAAUGUAUAUAAAAUGCUACUUAACAAAAUAAACAAGAUAAUUUUUUUUUUCUAUUUUGCUCUUUCAGAACAAACAUUACUUGGUGCCUCCAAGGAGACUUUGCCAAAUGUAAUCUCACCUGCUUCCCUCCGUGCCAUGUCGCUAAGCGCAUUUUACAUUUUCUGGCUCAGGCAGGCAUAUGUGUAGAAAUAAGUUUGUAGGAGGCCAGAAGAACAAUAAAUCACACAGAGAAAAUACAAAUUUAAAUAUGCAUUAUAAUUAACAUAAGCUUAGCAGUGGUAUAAGAUGCCCCUCCCACACAUUUGCAAAGCACGUGAGAAACUCUUUUAAUGGGUACCAAUGUUAUCGAAUGAUUUAGCCCUACAGCCAAUAGAUGUAAUUCUCUCUAACAUCUGAAAUAUCCAAGUACGUCUAGCAGCAAUGCUGUUAGGAGUGUUCUGGAAGCUCUGUGGUUGAGGUUCAUGGGAAGGAAGGGUGGGGGAGCCCGGGUUCAGGUCCUAUUGAUGCCAUUAUACUUACUGCAUCUUGUGAGCAGACACCUUAACCUUGCUGUGCUUCAAUAUGCUCAUUUACAAAUGGCUGGAAAAAAACACCUACCUCACAAGUGCUGUGAGAGCAAAUUGCAUUUGCUAAAUAUUUUGAGAUCCUUAGUUUAAAAGGUGCUACGUAAUGCAAUGUAUCAUGCAUUAUGCUAAAUGCUAAAAUAAUUAGGUAACUACGAUGAUGGUCAUCAGUAGUAGUAACAUCAUCUUAAUAUAAAAUCUGCCAAAAUAAAGAUCACUUAUGAACUAUUAGUGCACCUGAUUCUUCUAAGACUGACUUUUCCUUGGAUAUAAAUUACAUGUUUGGGGAAGCUUCAAUUUCUCUGUCAUUUCUUCUGGUUUCAAUGAAUAAGUUAUUACUUCAGUGCAUUGCCUUGACAUCCCAGGGUGCUGGAAGUGAAGGCAGCUGCCUUUCUUUAGGGAGGAGCCUCCAGCUGGGGGUGUAUCACAGUAAUUGAAGCACAUGCUUUGCAAAAUGUAUCACAACUUAGAUCUCAGGAAGCAUUUGACCUGAAUUCUCAGUAAGAAAUUUGAGGACAGAUAGAGCUAGUCCACCUCUAUCAGAAGAAGACUAGGCACUGAGCAAACCCAUACAUUGCACGUUUUCCACAUUCAUUAGAAAACCUUUGGGGGCCAG